AUGCUGCAGCAGGGCGGCACCAGCGCCGCCAGCAUCCACCCGCCUAUCGCCGCUCCCCUGCCUCCCGGAAGCCACACCGACGACCCUCCCCGCCGCCGGCCCGCCCAGACCCAGAUGGGGCCCAGAUCUGGGUCGAGCGGGCGCCGCCAGAUCGCAUCGCCGCGCCGCCCCGCCACCAACGGCAGCGCCGCCGCCCAGAAGAUCCCCCGCCAUCACUCCGGAGAGCACCGCCGCUGCGCCGGACUGCCGCCGCCUGGGAGCACCCCGCAGCGCCGCACGGCCCUGUGUCAGAGCGACCCGCGAGGGGAAAGGCCAGUGGCCGCCGCCGCCAGAGAGAGGGGAGGGGGGCUCGGGGAGGAGGCGCUGGAGGCGCGACCGAUCGCCCGCGGGGGCGACGCGGUCGCGAGAGGAGGAGACUCUGUGGCCGCGCGUCCGCCUGCGCUCGCCAGCCCCGCCGUCGCCGAGCCUGCCGCGCGUGCGCCCGCGCGCCAGCCUGCGCCGCCCCGCCCCGCCAUCGCCGAGCCCACCGCCUCGCCCGCAGCGCCGGCCCGUGCCGCCGCCCACCGCCGCGCGCGCCCGCAUGCCUGCGCGCGCCCUCGCCCGCACGCCGCGCCGGCCGCGCAGCCGCUUGCGCUCGCCCUCGUUCGUGCCCUCGCGCCGAAGCUCGCCCGUACGCCGCGCCGGCCGCGCAGCAGCUCGCCCUCGUCCGCCGUCCUCGCGCCGAAGCUCGCCCGCACGCCGCGCCGGCCGCGCCGCAGCUCGCCCUCGUCCGCCGUCCUCGCCCGCGUCCUCGCGCUGAAGCUCGCCCGCACGCCGCGCCAUACCUCGCCCCUGUCCGCCGCCCUCGCCGUCACGCCAGCAGCCGCGCGCGCCGUGGCGCCCCGCCGCCGCGCCCUGCUGUGCACGUAUGCCGCUGCGCACCAUCGCCGGGCCCCGCUCGCCCCGCCCGUGCCGCUCCGUGCUCACCGCCCUAGCAUGCGCCCGCUGCUCCUGCCUUGCCCGAGCUCAGCGUGA